UCCAAGAGACCAUUGGGAUGCUAGGUGGAUUCGAAAGAAGACAACCGCUAGCCUACCGUUUUAUCCUUUGAUAACGAUUCUAUCUUAGUAUUCCGACACUAAACUGUAAGUCCUAUUCAUCCAUGACACUGGGAGCGAUGCUGGUUUCACUUUAAGACUGGCAAAUAGCUCUUGCUGUAGCUUUCGAAAUCGCCAUUGUUGGGUUUAGCAGAGUGAUGAGGAGUGGAGAACGGAGCUUCCGGGGUAAAACAGCUAUCUAUAUGAAAUUUACCGAGGUGAUGAGCUCACGAAUCGUAUUGCUUUUGAUUAGAAACCAUUGUUGCCGGAGAUGAUAACGUUACAGUUCAGAAACUGAAACGGAGCUGACACACCUGGGAUUUUUUUUUCUAAAGCUGUUCCAGACAUUCAAGCUCGUACGAAAAGCAAUUCUGGAAUACAUCGUGCAAGCAAGAGGGAAUAUUUGCUGAAAUUAGUAAAAAGAAGCCAUUUCAGUGGGUGUUAUUUCAUGGGGAUGUGUUCAAGGCAAGAGAGAAUACAAAAAGACGUCGACAUCGUAAUUCAAAGGUGUAAGGCAGAAAAAGACUGCCUCUUCUCUGAUUUCCGAUACACUGACGCCACGUUCACGUUCACCUACUCAAAGGGAUCCAAAAGGGUUUCCUACUCGGUGCAUGUCUCAGAUGAUUAUCCAGACAACACAUAUGUGUCCAACUCUGAAAAUGACGAUGAAGUGCUAGUCAUGAGAGAUCCCAUCCCUGUUAUUUUCCAUAGAAUCGCAACAGAAAUCAGAUUCAGUAACGAUGCCACCAGCUGCCUCUCCAACAGAUCAAAGCUCCAGAUCGACAAAAGCCCGUGUCCCUAUGCCAUAGAGGAGGACUCUGAGGGCGACAAUGACUCCGAGGAGUUCUACUAUGGCGGUCAGGUGAGUUAUGAUGGAGAGCUCCACAAACACCCGCAGCUUGAGGCCGACCUGGCAGCAGUGAGAGAGGUGUAUGGACAUCACGCAGUGUCUCUCAGGGAAUAUGGCGCCAUUGACGACGUGGACAUCGACCUACACAUAGAUGUCAGCUUCCUGGACGAGGAGAUUGCUCUGGCCUGGGACGUGAUCAGGAUGGAGCCAGUCAUCGUACGCCUACACUGCUCUCUGACUCAGUACCUGAAUGGACCAGUUCCCACCGUGGACGUCUUUCAAGAGUCAAGGAAAGAACGCUUUGGACUCGGACAUCAAUUGAAAAAGAUCAUGCAGACGUUUGUCACUCAGCAGUGGAAGCACCAGGGCAAAGAGAAACAGAACUGCCCCCACGGCAAGAAGCCCAGCGAUAAGAAGGUCAAGUCUCCGCUGCACAUCUUCUCCACCCUUCGCAGGUCCCCCAGCUACCCGCCUCCAGGCUGCGUGAAGAGCAAGAAGAAGCUGAAGCCGGAGCAGGACGGCGUGUCCAAGUCCCACCGGCUGCUGCGCCGCACCUGCUCCGGCGCCGUCAAGUCCGCCGACGCCUCCGACGGCUGCACCGGCACCGGCAGCUCCGGAGGCGGCCGCUCGCACCGCCUGCUGGGCUCCUCGCUGUCCAGCGACCCGCGUCUGGAGCACCCCCACCCGCAGCUCCCACCGCCGCUGCACGGCCACCCGCACCCCCACCCCCACCCGCACCCGGCGCCCUCCCUCUCCCUCAAGGCCCCCCGGCUGCUCCCGCGCUCCUGCGUCGCUGCCUCGUCCGCCGCGCUCAAGCCCGACGACUGCUCCUCGCCGCCGCCGCCCCCGCCGCGCCCCCACAAGCCGCUCCCGCGCUCCUGCUCCGGAGACCCGCACUCCGACCACGGCCUCGGGGAGAGCCCCGGAGGAGGAGGAGGAGGAGGAGGUGGCGGAGGAGGAGGAGGAGGAGGAGGUGGAGGUGGGAUGGGCAGCGCGCUGAAGCCCCACCGGCUGCUGAGCCGCUCGUGCUCGGGCAGCAUGCGGGUGGCGGAGGAGCUGGACGGCCUGCGGCACCACCACCGGCUGCUCAGCCGCUCCUGCUCCAGCAGCACCCGCGUGGGCCGCGGAGACCCCUUCGGCAAGGACUCGGCCACCGCCGGAGACGGAGGAGGAGGAGGGGGCGGCAGGAGGCUCUCGCUCACCUCGGGCCUCAUCGGAAUCCUGGCGCCGUCACUGGCCUCCACCCCAGCUGUGCCACCCAACAAUGGAGCCAAGUGUAUACCAGUGCGAGAUAAAGGCUUCCUGGUUCAGACGAUGGAGUACGCCCAGCAGCGGAUCCCGGUCCUCAACGAGUUCUGCGUAGUCUGCGACGAGCCGCACGUCUUCCAGAACGGACCCAUGCUCCGACCCACAGUGUGUGAGAGAGAACUCUGCGUGUUUGCUUUCCAAACAUUGGGGGUUAUGAACGAAGCAGCUGAUGAGAUCGCCACAGGAGCCCAGGUUGUGGACUUGCUGGUGUCCAUGUGUCGCUCUGCACUGGAGUCCCCAAGGAAAGUUGUGAUCUUUGAGCCAUAUCCAUCAGUGGUGGACCCCAACGACUCCCAGGCUCUGGCCUUCAACCCACGGAAAAAAGACUACGAUCGUGUGAUGCGAGCCCUGGACAGCCUUACAUCGAUCCGAGAGAUGACUCAGGUGUGUGCUCCUUACCUGGAGAUCAAGAAGCAAAUGGACAAGCACGACCCGCUGGCACAUCCACUGCUGCAGUGGGUGAUAUCCAGUAACAGGUCACAUAUAGUUAAGCUCCCGGUAACCAGACAACUGAAGUUCAUGCAUACUCCCCACCAGUUCCUCCUCCUCAGCAGCCCACCUGCCAAAGAAUCCAACUUCAGAGCUGCCAAAACCCACUUUGGAAGCACCUUCGCUUUCCAUGGAUCUCACAUAGAGAACUGGCACUCCAUCGUGAGGAAUGGCCUGGUUGUGGCAUCCAACACAAAACUCCAGCUCCAUGGCGCCAUCUAUGGGAGUGGAAUUUACCUUAGUCCUUUGUCAAGCAUAUCCUUUGGUUACUCAGGGAUGAAUAAAAAACAACAGAAAGUUACAUCAAAGGAUGAAACUUCCACAAACAGCAAGACAAACAUCCACUUACAGUCACAGAAGAAGGGUCAGCAGCCACAGUUCCUGCAAAGCAGAAACCUAAAGUGCAUAGCCUUAUGUGAAGUCAUCACUUCCCAAGAUCUGCACAAACAUGGCGAUAUCUGGGUGGUUCCAAACACAGACCAUGUCUGUACAAGAUUUUUCUUUGUUUAUGAGGAUGGGCAAGUGGGAGACACAAGCAUCAACACCCAGGACACAAGUAUACACAGAGAAAUCCUGCGUGUCAUUGGCAAUCAGACAGCCACUGGGUGAAUGAGAACUGACCCGACGCAAUACUGCUGCCUUGGCCCGUCGUCCGCCAUCUCAAAGCUGGCCAUUUGAGUAAGGGGGAGCCAACACAAUUGUGUAUUCCUUUGGUAAAAGCAACAUUGAAAACAACAAAAGAAACAAAUAAUAAUAAUAAUUAAAAAAAAUCAGAAAUAUUUGCUAUGUUGAGGACGAGCUAAAGUAUUUAUACCCCAAGAUUACCAGAAAUCUUUCUGAGAUUGAAGCUGAGUCCACUUUACUACCGUUUAUAAAUAAUAAUUAUAAAAAAACUUUUUUUUUUUUCUUUUUUGGUGACAUAGUACCUCUCUCAGUUUAACUGACAGGUGACUCUCUUUUUCUAAUAAAAAAAUAAUGAUGACAUGCCUUGGAAAGGAUUUUGAGUAUUUAGAAUUUGACAGUAAUUUGGCUUUUUUGGAAGAAGUCAUCUGUGUGAUCUGAAGGUACAAAUUUGUUUACGAAGAGCUGCGCUUUGCAAAAGUACAAUACUUUGUGUAUAUGGAGGGUGUUGAUAUGCACUUUAUUUGUAUUAUUUUAGAUCAUUCGCUCCAAUUUUCAUGAUCUUGAAAUGCCUUCAUUCGGACUUACAGUAAUUGUGAUUAUUUACAACUCUAAAGUAUUUGAGUGUCUUGUAUUAAAACGGUGGGGAAGAAAGCACAGGGGGAUGUUGUCUGAGGCUGAAUGCUCUGCAUGCCAAUUGGAUUGAGGCAAAUUCUGAGGCAUGUGUAUAUGCUGUGUCCUUGGUUCAUAGAGACAGAAGGUUCACAGUACUAGUCGGUAAAACCUGACAUGCAGUGUAAUGGAUUUCACAAGACUAAACUAAGGAGCGAAUGAAGUAACAUUGGUUGACUGAACAUUGUUGAGGUUUGCCAAAAGAAAAAUCAGAGGUACAAGGUUAACAUUUAAGAAAAAGAAAAAAAAAAAAGAAAAUUCACAUUGAAUACAGUUCCAGUUUUGAUUGUAGAGACUGUUCAUUUGAGUAGAUGUUUAUAAUUCCAUAAUUAUUCUGUACAUGAUUUUAAUAUGGAGAAAGCAGUGCAUUUGUUUAUACGUCACCGUGCUCUUUACAAUCUCCAGAAUACAUGUUAAAUGACUUUUGGCACACUCCGUACAUCGGCACAAUAUUGACCACUCACUUAAAAGGUAGUUUCCCAUCAAGCAAAACUAAUGACCUAACAGUGGAUAAGUUAAGCCAUAGCCUUCAAAAAAUCUUAAAAUGCAGAAUACAAUCUCUUGAUACAAGAUAAAAAAUAAUUUUAAGCAUAAGAGUCAGAUUUUCUUUCACCUCAGCUUGUAAAACAGUCUUUAGUUCAGUAUGUGGCAACAGUGUGUUCAGAUGGCAGAUAGAUUAAGACAAGAUCAUUCCUUUACAAACAUAUGUAUAAAACUGUGCUUGAACUUGAAAGACAAUGACUGAGUGUCACUAAGUAUUUCUUGUUGUUUCUUUUUUUUAUAACAACACACUUAUACUUGAUACGGCGAUAAAACAUCUAAUGUUCGCCUCCAACUACUUUCAAGACUUAAGAGCAAACAAAUUUUAUACAGACCUGAUAUUUAAUGUAAAUACUAAGGACUUUGAACUUUUUGUGGUUUCAGUUGCUUUAAUAAAUCAGCUUAUAUUGCAAUUGUAUUGUAUUUAAAUGGGCUAUAUACUUAAGAGAAAAAAAAAAUCUGCAAGUUGGCUAGAGUGAUGGGGUUUUCAAUUGCUUUCUUGGGCUUCAAAGAUUUCAUCACCUUGUUUUCAAUAAAAGGGCCAGGAAUAUUUAUUGACAUGGUAUUAAGAUUCAAUGGUAUGUCGUUAAAGACAAUUGCAAUUGUGUGUUGUGACAGAAGAACCAAAUAAAAGGUACAAAAAAAGGUCAAAUGCGGUUGUUCCACCAUGCAUACAGUUGUAGGACUUGCAUCACUGUUUUAGUUGAAUUGUGACAGAGUGUUCUGUUUAUAUGGUUUUCAUAUAUUUUCUGCACAAUUUAGAGGAAAUGUAUUAUGCUACUUUGCAUUCGGUGCCUUACAGAUGUGGGUCAAUGGCAAAUGUAUGACAGUACUGUACAUAUUGUAAAUACUGCCACACAACAUGGAGGCCAAAUAUUUUCUGUAUUAAGUUUUUACUUUUACUUUAUUUUGCAAACAAGUCCAGCUUUUUGGCUUUUUACAAGUUAUGGAAAUAGUAGCUUAUGUACUUGUUUAUGGUCAUUAAAUUCAAAUUUCCUUAUAAACAUCA